AUGCUGUUUUUUGUUUCUUCUUCAAUUCCAUUUACAUUUUCAUUUCUUUCUUUCCCAAUAUUUUUUCUUCUUUCCUCUCUUCCUUUUUUUUCUAUUCUUUUCUUUUACUUUUUUAUUCUCUUUCCUUUUUACAACAGAUCUUUUAUAGCCUCUCCAUUUUCUUCUCUUCAUGUUCUCAUUUCCUCAUCUUCCACACUUUCUAUCUUUUUCUCUCUCUCUCUCUCACCCUUUUUUUUUAUUGUCCUCUCAUUUUCUUUCCCCAUUUUCUGUAAUUAUUUCUUUAUAAGUUUCUCCAAUUUUUUAUCCUUUUGUUCCCUUUUUUUUUCUUUCCCUUUCUCUCUCUCCCCCUUUUCUUAUCCUCUCAUUCUCUUUCACAUUUUUUGUACUUCUUUCUUUCCUUCUCUCUUGCAUUUCAUAUCUCAUUCUUUUUUCAUUUCUUCCAUAAUUCAUCCAUUUUCAUUCUCUCCUUUUUCUUAUCCAUUCAUUCUCUUUCCUAUUUCUGUGCCUUUUUCUUUCCCUCUCUCCCUUUUCUCAUCCUCUUUUUCUCUUUCACAUUUUUUGUACUUCUUUCUUUCCCUUUUUCUCUCCCAUUUCUCAUUCUAUCAUUCUCUUUCCCUUCUUCUUUACUUCUUCCUUUUUCACUCUCUCCUUUUUCUCAUCCUCUUUCUCCUUUUCUGUACUUCUUUCUUUAUCAGUCCCUCCCAUUUCUCACCCUCUUAUUCUCAUUUUCUAUACUUCUUUCCUUCUCUUGCCCUUUUCUCAUUCUUUUUUAGAUUUUUUUGUACUUAUUCAUUUUUCACUCUCUUCUUUUUCUUGUUCUCUCAUUCUCUUUCACUUUUCUUGUACUUCUUUCUUUCACUUUAUCUCUCUCUCUUUUCUUUUUUUUUCCUUCUUUUUCCCUUCUUCCAUACUUCUUUAUUUCUCACUCUUUCCCUCUCUCCUUUUUCUUAUUCUCUCAUGAGUCUUUCUCAUACAAACCUAAAUAAUAUAUUUGAAAUGGUACUGAAUAGUUCUUGUCCUGACCAAGAACAGAAUUCUAAAAAAAACCCAUUGUAUUGA